CAAGUGAACAGUCGGGCGGGUAGUUGGCCCUGUCGUAGUUGUCGUCGUAAAGUCCCCAGUUCCGGCCAAUCCCAAAACAUAAGUUCCAGCCUACUGUCAGUCGAGGACCAGCAGCAGAAGAGCCACGGCAACAGCAGCGGAAACGGACAGGAACCCGAAGCAACCCAUCAUGGUGCAGAUUUCGCAGACAGAGGAGGACAUCAAGAUCUCCAUCGAGCUCAAUCGACUGGUGACCCGCAAACCUGACGUUGUACUCCUGCCGCAAUAUUUGAAAUUCAACAAUCCACCUAUUUUCUUUGAGCGUCAUUUGGCCCAUGAGAUUGACGAAAUGGCCAGCUUCUGCCGCAUCUUUAAGAACGAAGCCCGUAUUGUUCUGGUAAAGAAGGAAAAGGGCUUCUGGCCUGAGAUGUUUCAGAAGCUGGACAAGGAGGCGCUUCUGCAGAAACGGCUUGAGAUCGCUGAUUUGAUCGUGGAGCGGAACAAAAAGAGGGAUGAGAAGGCCCUGGAGCGGUAUGAGAACAAACGGCGAGCUGAGAUCGAGAAGGAGAUCAAACGGGAGACUGCCAUGCGCGAUCGGGUCAAGCAGUUCCAGGAGAACUCUGUGCGCGAAGCCCUGGUGGUUGAUGUCCGCAAGGAGGCCAAUGCUACACCCAAGCCCGAUCCGUUGCAGUAUCCGCCGUCGUCGGUGGCGGCCAGUCGCCUGGCCACUCCCCUUUUGCGACCGCCCAUGUGCUCGGUUCGGGGCAGCGGAAAAAUCACCGUGAGCUUCACCACCCAACACAAGCGGACCACGCCGAAGCGGGAGUCGCAGGCCACCAUGGAAAAGGCAUACGCCGCCGCAGGGGGCCCCAAUGCAAAUGUCCAGUCUCCAAUGGAGAGCCUGGACGAAUAGGGUGGAGUGCGUUUACAUCGUUUCGUGUGUGAGACUGUGCUGUGUUUCCUAUUUUAUUAUUCCUUUAAAUAAAUCAAAAGGUGUUUGCUUUCAUUGAAUCAGAA